GUUAACGACCCCAACGCGUUAUCACCGCAGCGCCCAACGACCACGACUGGAUUCACCAUGUCUAAUGAAUCCUCGGAAAGAAAUGCACUUCUACCUCGAGAUCCUCCAGUAGGAAACUCCAGGCCACGAGUCGUGAUAUGGAGUAUCCUCACCAUCCUCACAGUUGCUGCAUUGGUCGUCUUGUUGUUCUUCCAAGAUACCCUUCCGGAUGCGCUCAAACUCGUUCCUUGGAUAGGUGGAGACCCUCAUGAUCCUUUGACUGCUGCUUUAGCUAUCAUGGAAAGAGCCCCCGUCAUCGAUGGUCAUAUAGAUUUACCAAUACUCGCCCGGACUCGAUACGCCAACAACGUCUCAGAAAUAGACCUUGAGAACACAAUGCCAGAGCAUGUUGACAUCCCUAGAUUGCGGAAAGGCAAAGUCGGAGGCUUUUUCUGGUCAGUUUACGUGCCGUGUGCACAACCAGAACAGGAGGGUGAAGAUUUUGUGAAGGCUAGUUGGAGAGUCAGAGAUACACUCGAACAAAUUGAUGUCUCCAAAUUGCUCAUCGAGAAAUAUCCUGAUACUUUCCAAUUGGCUCUAGGAACUGAGGAUAUUAGGUCCGCCAUCAUGAAUGGAAAAAUUGCCAGCUUAAUCGGUGUAGAAGGUGGUCAUCAAUUAGGGAAUUCAAUCGCGGUCCUUCGACAAUACCAUGCUCUCGGAGCUCGCUACGUUACACUGACCCACAUUUGCCACAAUGCUUUUGCAGACUCGUGUGGAUUUCCACCGGGUUACCCCACGCCUUUACAUGGCGGCCUGAGUCAACUAGGUCGUUCUCUCGUGGACGAAAUGAACCGUUUGGGUGUUCUAGUGGAUUUGAGCCAUACGAGUGACGACACCGCGAAGCAAGCCUUGAACCAUUCGAAAGCACCGGUGAUGUGGUCCCAUUCGUCUGCGAGGGCUGUCCAUCGUCAUCAACGGAAUGUGCCCGACGAUAUCCUCAAACUCAUCGGAACCGAGGAAGGUAAAAAAGAUGCCGUAGUGAUGGUCAACUUCGCUCCUGCAUUCAUCGCACCGGAAGGUGAGGCCGCCGUAGAGGCGGUUGCCAAUCACGUAGAGCAUAUAGCGAAGGUGGCGGGUAAAAAACACGUUGGCUUGGGAAGCGACUUGGAUGGUAUAUCCUCGACUCCCGUUGGAUUGGAGGAUGUUUCUAAAUAUCCAGCUCUGAUCGCAGAAUUAUACAGACGCGGGUGGAACAAAUACGAGCUUGCGGGGUUGACGGGUUCUAACAUGCUGCGCAUAUUCGAAGGUGCUGAACGGGUAUCGAAGCAAUUGCAAGCUAGCGGCAUGACCCCAGUCUAUGAUCUAUACGACAAGAGACCUGACCUUCCCAGGAGAGUAUUGAGUCGUUUCAUCUAGAUUCUAUUCGCGACGGUUUAAAAUUAUUUGUCCCACUCUGUGGACUUGCGUAUUCUUGAAUCAGAUCAGUAUUAGUUAUCAGGAUUA